AUGAGAUUAUCUCCGGUAGUACGUUUUCUAUCAUCGAAUGGAUUUUAUGUUCAUAUUAAAAAUAAAACUCCUGAUUGGCAACCAUUCUUAAGUCAAGGUGAAAAAAUUAUUGGUUAUCCAUCAUCAUUACGUUCAUUAGUUAAUCUUAAAUAUUUAUUUAAUGAAGAAGUAUCAACAUUAAUUGGUUAUUUAAGAAAAUUAGUUGGUACACAACAUCCAUUACUUAAACUUGCUACGAAUAUGUUAGAAAGUCCACCGAAAGCAGCACAUUCAAGAUCAGUUUUACUCUUAUUAAUAUCAAAAGCAGCAGGAAUUCCACAAAAAGCUUAUCAAGAAGAUAUGGUUAAACAUGGAAUUCAUCAACAUCAACGACAAUUAGCAGAAUUAAUUGAAAUGAUUCAUUUGGGUAUUCUUGGUCAUCGAGGUACUGAAAAUAAUAUAAUACGAAGAAAAGAGAAUUUCGUUUUUUUUUGUCUAGGUAUUGUGGAUUUAAAAGAUCAUCACAGUGAUUUAGAACAAGGAAAUAAAAUAGCAGUCUUGGGUGGAGAUUACCUCUUAUCACAAGCUUGUGGCAAAUUAGCUGAGUUUCAAAAACCUCCAGUUGUAGAAACUAUUGGGCAUGCUAUUGCAGAUAUGUGCAAAGCAGAAUUUUUUUUAAAAGAUAAACAGUCACUCUCAUCAUUAACAGAAUGGUAUCAGCUAACUGCGCUCUCUGUAGCAAAUUUGGUUGCAUCAGGUUGUCGUGCUUCUCUUCAAUUGGUUGAUCAUUCAUCAUCAUUUCAAGAUCAAGCAUAUUAUUUAUGUCGACAUAUUAUAUUUUCAUGUAUGAUGUAUAAUGAUAUAUCUCAAUAUUCAUCAUCAUUUUCAAAUGAUUCAUCAUCAUUAACACUUUAUGGAACUGUACCUAUGAAUCGUUCAUUUCCUUUUUCAAUAAUGAAUAAAUCAAAUAAUGAGAAUGUAACUUUUGAACAAUUAAAUAAUGAACAAUUACUUGAUCAAUGUCGUAAACAAUGUUUAAAAGAAAGUAAUAGAGCAAUAGAAUUACUUCAAACAAAUUUUGAUCAGAAAUCAUCAGCAACAAUACUUCUACGUUCAAUUAUUCAACAAAUUCAAGAUGGUCUUUUGUCAAAAAAAGUUAUUUAA